CAAAUGAGGCCGCGAAGAAGAAGAAAAAGGAUGUUACGAUCUGCUUGAAAUAAACACAAAGAAGAAGGAAUAACAUGGAGUAGUCUUGUGAGGAUGAAAUUGAAUAAACUGUCCGAGCGGUCCCCGACAACCGGAGAGAGCUGCGCGGCGGCGGCGUUGAUAGAAAGAUGAAGGAGACACGCGCAGCGGAACCAGUCGCCGCGCUCUGCUGCUAGCAGACGCGGAGCUAACGCUAGCUAGCCGCCACCCGGCGGGGCGAACAGCCUCGUCUCCUUCAUCCUUUCACCAGAAGACGAGGCGACACAUAAUAACUCACGAGUGUUCAUUUUAUUAUCACCAAGACCAAAAGCUCUACCUGUCCGCCAUGGCCUCCCCGGAGGUCAGCAUGCAGGACGUGAGCGAGGUCGUGAUCGUCACCAUCCCGGCGUCGGAGGCCGAGGAGGAGGAGGAGGAGGAGGAGGAGGAGGACGACAAGGCGGUGCUGGCGACCGGAGAACUGACCCCGGAGCCAGGGGAGGAGGUCCUCACGGUGGCGGCGGUGGACUCGGAGGCCGAGGCCGGCGGACCGGACUCUUUUUCCCCGGAGGAGGCCGUCAUCGUGAAGCUCACGGAGGAGGUGGACGUGGAGGCCGACGUCUUCUACCCGAUCACCUGCGGAGACGCCAAAGCCACGCUGGUGUGGAAGAAGUUCGUCUGCCCCGGGAUCAACGUGAAAUGCGUCCAGUUCAACGAGCAGCUCAUCAGCCCGAAGGAGUUUGUGUGCUUAGCGGGAAAAUCGACUCUGAAGGACUGGAAGAGGGCGAUCCGGCUCAACGGCACCAUGCUCAGGAAGAUCAUGGACUCCGGCGAGCUGGACUUCUACCAGCACGCGAAGGUGUGCUCCAACACCUGCCGCAGCACGAAGAUCGACCUGGUGGGAACCAAAGUGUCCGUCGGCGGGGAUCAGGCCGCCGAGCUGCUCCCCGCCGCCCCGUCGUCGGCCGACUUGAACGGAGCGGCGGUCUCGUAUCCGGACGUAGCGUUGGAAACCUCGGAGUGGGUCACGGCCAUCGGAGAGGACUCUGUGGCUUUCUGGCGCACGGUGAAGGAAGCCGGCCUGCUGGAGGAGGUGGUGGAGGACUUCCAGAAGGAGCUGCAGGAGGUGCUGCAGGGGCUGCAGAGAGUGUGUGACCCACCACUGCAGGUCAAAGAUGCUGUUUUGCUCAACAACAUCGUGCAGAACUUCGGGAUGUUGGACCUGGUGAAGAAGGUUCUGGCCAGCCACAAGAGCCAGAUGGACCGGUACCGGGAGCAGUACACCCGCAGCCUCGCCGCUCUGGAGCAGCAGUGUGACGAGCACAGGAAGCGGGCCAAGGAGCUGAAGAGCAAGUCGCAGCACCUCAACAACGUCCUGAUGACCCUCGCCCCGGCGCCCGCGCCGCCGCCGCCCAAGCGCCCGCGGCUGACCCGCGCCGUCUCCGGCCCGGCGUCGGUCGCCGCCCAGGUGUCCCUGCCGCUCGGCCAGCUGACGGGCCUGCCGCUCGGCAAGCUGCUGACCGUGGCGGGCGGCCCCAACCUCGGCGGCUACACGCUGCUGACCUCCUCGCUCUCCGAGCUGGGCGGCGACGGCGCCAACAUCACCCUGCUGGCGGCGGGCCAAGACGGCGGCGGCUUCGUCAAGGUGCUCGGCCCCCAGUUCCAGCUGGUGACGCUGCAAGCGGCGCUGCAGAGCUUAGCCGCCGCGCAGCAGACGGCCGGCGGCAUCACCGUGGUGGACGCCGGCGCCGCGGAGGACGAGGAGGAGGAGUCGCAGGAGGAAAGCCCGGCGGACGGCGGCGGCGAGGAGGAGGAGAGCCAACCGGAGCAGGAGGACGGGGAGCAGCAGUGAGGAGCGCCGGCUCCUCGGUAGCACCUUCAUUUGCAUUUUUCUGGACGCUGGACUUGACCGCGCGGCGGACACGGCGGCCUCAUUCGGACUUUUUGGCCUUCGUCGUCCGACGCGCGAGCCGCUCCUCGUGGACGCCCGGCGCCACGCGGAUAUCGAGGCGUGACUGUAAAUAUGUAUUGGUAACUAAUAUAUUUGAUACGGCUGUUUUCUGUAGGGACUCGUUCCGUUAGAGAGAAGAAGAACCGACGGUGUUGUUUAGUUUGAUAAUAAACGCUCAGUUUUCAAGAGGAAAUUGU